GCUAAUUUGACUAUCGUCGCUCACUGAACGCUGCUCAUGAUGCUACAGAAAGAUCUUCGAACCUGCGGUGAAACGUUUGAUGAAAAUCUCGCCAGAGUAUUAGGAGUAAUUGGCCUCCACUAUGGCUACUGACCUCCUCUCGGUGGAUUAUGAAGUCUACGGUAAAGUUCAAGGGGUGUUUUUUCGAAAGUAUACCCAGAAAGAAGGAACGCAAUUGGGCUUGGUUGGCUGGGUGCAGAACACUGAGGAUGGUACAGUGCAAGGGCAGCUUCAAGGACCAGCUGACAAAGUUAGGCAGAUGCAGGAAUGGCUGAAGACCACAGGAAGCCCUCGAUCACACAUCGUCAAAGCUGAGUUCCAGAACGAGAAGACGAUUGAUGCAGUGGAUUACAAAGACUUUAAAGUUAUUCGUUAAAUUGAUAACCAUCAUUACCAUCAUUAUUUAUUUUCACAUUAUCUGGUAAUUAAAUGAAAUAGUUUUAUUUUGAGAAUAAACCACUGUCAGUUCUGAUAAAUCUAGAUAGCACACAUUUAAUAAAAUGCUUUACUGGGAAAUAUAUUUUUAAUACAUUUCAUGAAGUUAAAUCUGAGUUCAUGCAUACGGUUUAAAUAUAUCAUACAGUUUCAAGUAGUUCAAGUAAAAUCACAUCCAAGUUGAUUCUCUACUUGUGUGUGUCUUUGUGCAAAUGUAGAAGGCUGACAGCAUGGUUACAAAUAGCAAACACCUCUGAUAAGAUAUGAGCAGCAUAUUACUGCAUAUUGAUGUAUGUAAAUGAAUGCAUGGACUGACCAUCACAGUUGCCCGCAAUGAUCCAAACAGCUAUCCUGUGAAUGAACAAACUAUUGGUAAUCUAAAGACUUUUCGUUCGUGGUACCUCGCUGGUGGAAUGAUCUACCUAGUCCUGUCCGUUCCAGUGACAGCUUUGGCACAUUUAAAAACCUUUAAGAACCGACAACAGCUUUGUUACAUUUAAAAAGCAUUUAAGAACUGACAACAAUUCCACUGCUCCAGAAAUAGGCUACACACUGGAGUUGGAGUUACCUUUUUCCAGGCGCCGAUAAUGAUAACAUAUUGCUGAAGUUAACAGAUAACCUAUAAAUCAUUUCACAUAUUUUUCGGAGUAGUAGCCUACUGUUCUUCCUUUUUGCAGCCUCAUGCAGAUCUCAGUUAAGACGUCCCCUCACCAGUGUCAAGUGAAGCCAGCUGGUCAGGUGCCUCUUAUGCUAGAGACAGAGGGCGGAGAUGGUGACGAAGAUGGUGAGCUAGAGAGAGGAGGAAGAGAAUCUAGAGGAAAAUUCUAUUUUGUAAAACAUAUAUCUUUUAUUUUUCUUGCUAUUUAUUUUAUCUUGCUAUUUUGUUAAUAUGUUUUACAUCCUAUGCACCAAUUACACCAAGUUAAUUUCCUGUAUGUGUAAAUAUACUUAAAAAGAAUAAAAAAAGAAUUCUGAUUCUGAGAGAA